AUGAGCAGCGACGAAGAAUCUUACCCCGUCGACCGGAAGGUGGCCGUUGAGGAGCCCCUCCAGAAGGACACAGAGAAACCUCUAUCGGCCAAGGACCUAGAACCUUUUGGCAAUGAAGAGACCGCAGAGGUCAAGUAUCGCACCAUGAAGUGGUGGCACUGCGGCAUGCUCAUGAUUGCAGAGAAUGUCUCGGUGGGAAUUCUGUCUCUUCCAUCUGCAGUGGCCACGCUUGGAAUGGUUCCUGCUGCUAUCAUGAUUAUUUUUAUUUCUGCCUUGUCAUGGUACACUGGCUAUGAAAUUGGCCAAUUCAAGCUGCGCCACCCCCAAGUUCACAGCAUGGGAGAUGCUGGUGAACUCCUCAUGGGCCGCAUUGGCCGCGAGGUUCUGGGAAUCGGCCAAUUACUACUUCUAAUCUUUCUCAUGGCCAGCAAUAUUCUGACUUUCAACAUCCUGAUGAAUGUUCUAACAGACCAUGGAACUUGCACAUUGGUCUUCGGUGUUGUUGGCUUGGUCAUCUGUUUCCUGGGCGCUCUUCCUCGUACCAUGAACAAGGUUUACUGGAUGUCCGUCGUCUCAUUCGUGAGUGUCUUCGUUGCAACUGUCGUGACCAUGGUCGCCGCCGGAGUUGAAACCAAGACGCAAGUUGUGAAUGAAGCGACCAAGGAAGUUAGCUUUCGCGAGGGCUUCCUGGCAGUUACAAACAUUAUCUUUGCCUACCUUGCUCACGUGGCUUACUUUGGCUUCAUGUCCGAGACUGAGGACCCUCGCACUUUUAACAAGUCGCUUGCCAUGCUCCAGAUCAUCGAUACUGUUUUGUACCUCGUCAGUGCCUUGAUUAUAUACCACUACGUGGGUCCCGAUGUCAAGUCGCCAGCCAUUUCGUCACUGAGCCCUAUUAUGAGCAAGAUCGCCUGGGGCCUUGCUAUUCCAACGACUAUUCUUUCCGGUGUUGUGCUGGGCCAUGUCGCCUGCAAAUACAUCUACGUCCGCAUGUUCCGUGGAUCUGACAAGAUGCACAGCCGGAGCUUUCUCUCCGUUGGCUCAUGGGUUGCGAUCUGCAUUGGUGUGUGGAUCGUGUCCUGGGUUGUUGCUGAGUCGAUUCCUGUCUUCAAUGACUUGCUGAGUCUUAUUAGUGCGCUUUUCGGAAGCUGGUUUAGCUUUGGACUUCCCGCCAUCUUUUGGUUCCACAUGAACCAAGGCCAGUACUUCAAGAACUGGCGGAAGACAGUUUUGACAAUCAUCAACGUCGGCGUUCUCGGCAUCGCCAUCGCCAUCUGCGUAUUGGGUCUCUGGGUAUCGGGCGUUGCCAUUCACGGCGACUCCGCCUCUAACAGUUGGUCGUGUGCCAACAGUGCCUAA